AUGUGCAAACAGCCAAAAUCAUAAAGGUGAUUUUCUUAUGCUACACGAAACUAAUUUGCAUCUAGUCAGAUUGUUCAAGCUUGUGGAAACUAAAGCCUAUUCAAACUAGUAGCACGUGAGAUGUAGAGGCUCGUUUUUAAAUUAACAUGGCAUCAUGUAAUAUGAAGUGAUGAAUCUAAUAUAUGUCAUCAUGUAAAGUGAAUUCAUGUUGUGUACAUCAUCAUAUAAGGUGAUGUGCCAAAGCACCCCGAAACACACAUGAAAGACCAACAAUGCUUUGAAUUCUUUGACCACAAAGCUGUGUCAGCAUUUGUUGCAUUUUGGGUGUGAGUGUUUAACGUGUGAUGAAUAUAGACAGCAAGCUUCCCGACUUGAGGUGCUGCACAUCAUUCGAAUUCACAGACAAGAAAAACAACCUCAACCAUCAGUGAAUAUAGUCGUAAGAUACCAAAGCAACACUGGGCAUAGAGCAAAAAAUGGAAAUGUCAGGUUUCACAUCAAAAGGUCUACCUCAAAAUCCUGCUCAGCCUGCUGGAUCAAGAAUGUGCAACCGCAUCCCCAGAACGCAGAGACACUUGCUCAGGUGUUUGACCAGGUAGGUUGAAAUUACAGUUUUUGAGUACUGGUAGCUGUUUUCGUGUGUGCGUGUGUGUGUGUGAUUUAAAGUGAGAGUGAUUAAUUUGUUGAAUCAGGCAUGAGUCUGGGAAGAGUGAGCCAUUGGGUGGGUGUGAUAGGUCCCUACAGUAUGCUAACAUGGCUAAAUUAUUGAGUCAUGAUGCCACAGUUGAAGCAUCUAGAGCUUUUGUCAUGCACUUCCGGUUCUGUGUGUUUCUGCCUGCAGACAAACUUUGUACCAGAGGUGAUGUUACCUAAUGGACUGAACAUGCGUCCAGUUGGACUACUGAAUGGAGAGCUGUUGUAUAAAGUUACAGCUCCUAACUAUGCUGCUCCUCUUCCACCCACCAUCCCGAGGAUUAAGAAGAUCAACAAAAAAACAGAUCAAACGUAUGUCAAGAAGCCGCCAAAUGCUUUUAUGUUGUUCAUGAAGGAACAUCGACAAGCUGUUAGGCACCAUUCUCAUUUAAGAAACAGUGCCGAUAUAAACAAGAUCCUAGGAAGAAUGUGGCAUUUGCUACCUCAGGAAGAGAAAGCCAAAUAUUACGAGCUGGCUGAUAAAGUCAAGCGACUGCACUCCCAGCAGCAUCCAGAUUGGUCUUGGAGGCACAAUUAUGGCAAAAAGGAAGACUGUGACCACAUUAUUGAGCCAGAUGCCAAUAGUGUGCAGGCAGCGCUGGUGCCAGAGGUUGAGGAGGGAAGUGGACAAGCCGAGACAGAUUUUGAGGAUGAUGACGCUGACUCCUUGUCUCUGAGUUCAACAACAGUAGAACUCUCCCUUGAAGAGCAUAUUUCCCAGAUAUACUUGAAACAGCCACCUGCCUUGAACCAGAUGAUUACCCACCCUCCGUCCCGAUCGCCCAAGCAUUCGUCGUCAAGGUUCCUUCCGGACUGUUGAUUUCUUGAUGGACUUUAAUUGUGCACAUUCUCCCCUGACCAAACGGGAAGAUUUUGAUGCACAAGCCACGUUUCUGCCACUGGAAGACAAUUGACUGAAUGACUCAGAGCCAAUAUCUUACCCGAUACUGAAACAUUUACAAUGUCCACAAUCUGCGCUUAUUUUUUUUCUCCUGCAAACAUUUUACAUACACUCACUAUUCACAAAAAGUUA